AUGGAGCUUCCAGCAGGCUUCAACCGCCGCUACGCAUGCAUCGCCACCUUCCUCCUCGUCACCGUCUGGAUAUGGGUAGCUAUCGACCGACCGUACAGCAUACCCAGCCACAUCACGUGGAACAUAUACUCCAACACGCCUCAAUCUCCCCCCUCCGACAUCUUCGACUUCCCACCUCUCACCUCCCCUCCAUUCCUGAAAACCUGCGAAGCUACGCAAUGGAACGAAAGUGUAGUCUUUAUCUGCAACGAGCCGUCUGGAAAUGUCGCCGAAGUAAGGAACUCGAUAUUGAGCUGUGUGCGGUAUGCGAUGGCUGCUGGCGGGAGCUUGGUCGUACCGAGGAUUGUGGUGCGUGGGGGAUAUGGAGGGCAGGGUGGGAAAUUAGGGGUCGGGAAGGGCAAUUCGACGGAUAUGGCGUAUCUGUUUGAUACUGCGCAUUUCGUCGAGUCCCUGCGCUUGUCAUGUCCGCAGAUGAGGGUGUAUAGGACGGCGUUCAAUAUCAAGGAUGGGGAAAAUGCUACAGGACCUGUAUUUUUGCAGCCGGAGACGCUUGUCCAGGAGAGUUUUGGGGAAGGGGAAAGGUUCGCCAAGGGCUGGAAGAAGUCAUUCUACGCUUGGCUUAAACAGUACCCGGCAACAGACGUAGAAGGACCCGUCAUCAUCCAACUCGGGGAUACAUACUUGAAGUACCCACUAGCGAGUGAUGGAACAGCUUUCCACCAUUUUGGGAAAAUCAUGAAGAUCCGAGCAGACAUUCGAGGACUCGCUUCAACUGCCCUGGUGAAGCUGAUCGAUACGUACGACCGUAUGGGCCGGCAAGAACCGCUGCUGAAGAAUUUCGUACUCGGCGCCUACCUCAGCACCGAGUCGACCCUGGAAGAUCUGCCGCAAGAAGACCGCUCAAAUGCGGACUACGCCACGCAAUCAAGUCUCUACCUUGACUACAGCCUCCGGUCCAAUCUGUCCGUCAUAUACGCCGCCUCCUCAUCCGCUCAGUCUACUGAUAUCCCGCAAUUUCUGCAAGAUGCCUCGCACUUCAGUUUGGAAGCUAUCACUAAGAUCGAACUUCUCAAAGGCCAGCAUCGUAAGCGUUUACUGGGAUUGACGUUCGAUCAGCAAAGUACGGUUGAUUUUCUUGUGUUGGGGCGGGUAUCGCAGUUUUUAGGGGUUGGUCACUCCAGUUUUGCGUGGAAUAUUGCGUUGAGGAGACGGCAAUUUGUGACGGGUGGCGUGGAGGAAGCGGAGGCCGGCCCGGAGGCGUUGAGCGAUGCUUUGAGUCAGAUUUUUGGGAGGCCGGGAGGGCAUCCUGAGUUUCUGGCGUCGAUGUGGCCGUGA